UAUUCUAGAUUUUUUUUUAUUUUGUCUCUUUUUAUUGAUUUUUUUAUUUAUCUUUUAGUAACAGUUCAUCGCUCUCGUCUUUCUUAUGAGUUGGAGAGGAAAUUGAUCUUUUUUGUCCUAGGAUUUCACGGUAAUUUUUAUGAGAUUCGGAAGUGGGAUCUUUUUUUCUGGGUGUUGUUUCGAUUUGUUUCUUUUUUUGAUUUUUUUUUUUUAUCUUUUAGGAACGAUUUGCCUGGAAUCCUUUAAUUUCGGUGAUUUUUUUAGAGGUUCUGAAGUGAUCUUUUUUCUGAUUUUAUUUUUAUUUUUUUUUAUUGAUUUUAUUCUUUAUCUUUUAGUCCUUUUGAAUUUGUUGUGCAAUUUGAGAAUAUUUCGCAAUCUUAUUUUUUUUUAAAUUUAGAUUAUUGAUUUAGGUUCGAUUAGAU